GUGCAGGCCAGCCAAGGGCAGCCAGAGCCAGACUGCAAACCUGAGCUACAGAUUGGCUGACAAGGUCAAGGUGGAAGGUCCAACGAUUGGGGAAGCCCCUCUAAGGCAACUCUUUCAGUCCUACAUUCCUUCCCCCAAGACUGAUCGAGAGUCACCCUUCAGAAGGAACCCCCUGGAAAGCCUAAAUAACCUCAUGCUGGAGGCAAGAAUGGACAUGUUCAGCUCAAACAUGAUCAUCAGUGGCCCAGCUGUAGACCUUGGCCCCAACGAAGCCAGCAGGGCUGGGAGGAAGCAGCUAGGUGGUGUCCAGAACCUGCGCCCUUGCACCCGAGCUGGAGCCCGGCACAAGGCUUUUAGCAUAAAGGACAAGAUAUCUGAGUGGGAAGGCAAAAAGGAGUUGCCCACUGCAGCACCCAGCAGGCUAGUGGAUGAGCAAGAGGAUUACGGGCCGUCCUGCAUGUUGGAGAGAGGUAGCAGCGAGGUCGUGAGAACUCGGGUCGCAGAGGGUAAGAAUGGAAUGAGGCCCGAAACAGAGAGCCUGGAAAGUGAGAGGUGGAGAGGGGCAGUGAACGUUGGGGGUCCGGACAUAGAGAGGAGGCCAGACCUUGGCCAUCUCGAAGGGGAACCAGAGGCCUGUGGGAACAGAGGCCGGGAGCCGAGGCUCUGGAAGCCACACUUCCAGAAUGACCACCUCUCGGUGCUGAAGCAGGUCAAGAAACUGGAGCAGGCAUUGAAGGACGGGUCAGCAGGCUUGGAUCCCCAGUUGCCGGGGACAUGCUAUUCCCCACACUGCCUGCCUCACAAGGCAGAGGAGGAGCCCCAGCCUCCUGAGAACCACCGGGGUGGCGUAGAAGCUGGCCGCAGGGGCCACCACUUGGAUCUAGAGGACAGGGAGCCCACCUCUGAGGCUACAGAGGGGUCCCCUACAAAGCCCUUCAUCAACCCCCUGCCCAAACCCCGGAGAACGUUCAAACAUGCCGGAGAGGGAGACAAGGAUGGGAACCCAGGCGUUGGCUUCAGGAAAGAGAAAAGAAACCUGCCUCCCCUGCCUUCCCUGCCUCCCCCACCGCUGCCCUCGUCYCCGCCUCCUGCCUCUGUGAACAGAAGGCUCUGGACCGGAAGGCAGAGACCCAGUGCUGACCACAGAAAGUCCUAUGAGUUCGAAGACUUACUGCAGUCUUCCUGCGAGAACAACAGGGUGGACUGGUAUGCACAGACUAAAUUGGGGCUCACACGCACUUUAUCAGAGGAGAACGUCUAUGAAGACAUUCUAGAUCCACCAAUGAAGGAAAACCCUUAUGAAGACAUCGAAUUACAUGGCCGCUGCCUGGGCAAGAAAUGUGUCUUGACCUUUCCUGGUUCUCCCACCUCUUCCAUACCUGACACUCCCACCAAGCAAUCAUUCUCCAAACCUGCUUUUUUCCGGCAAAAUUCAGAGAGGUGGAACUUCAAACUGCUGGACGCUAGGAAGUUGAGUCGGGAUGGAACUGGGUCCCCUUCCAGAAUUAGCCCCCCCUCCACACCCAGCAGUCCUGAUGACACUUUCUUUAACCUUGGAGACCUACAGAAUGGCAGGAAGAAGAAAAAGAUCCCCAAGCUGGUGUUGCGAAUCAACGCCACUUACGAGGCCCGGAGAGGAAAGAAACGGGUGAAGAGGCUGUCCCAGUCCACGGAGAGCAACUCAGGAAAAGUGACAGACGAGAACAGUGAGUCUGACAGUGACACCGAGGAGAAGCUGAAAGCUCACAGCCAGCGCCUGGUCAACGUGAAGUCCCGCCUGAAGCAGGCCCCUCGGUACCCACUGCUUGACCGGGAGCUCAUUGAGUACCAGGAGAGGCAGCUCUUCGAGUACUUUGUAGUGGUGUCUUUGCACAAGAAGCAGGCCGGGGCUGCAUAUGUGCCGGAACUGACCCAGCAGUUCCCUCUGAAGUUGGAAAGGUCUUUCAAGUUCAUGAGAGAGGCUGAAGACCAGCUGAAGGCUAUUCCCCAGUUCUGUUUCCCUGAUGCCAAGGACUGGACUCCUGUCCAGCAGUUUACCAGUGAAACCUUCUCGUUCGUCUUGACUGGAGAAGACGGGAGCAGAAGGUUCGGUUAUUGCCGGAGACUACUGCCUGGAGGCAAAGGGAAGCGUCUUCCUGAAGUGUACUGCAUUGUGAGCCGCCUGGGAUGCUUCAGUCUCUUUUCAAAGAUCUUGGAUGAGGUGGAAAAACGACGUGGAAUCUCUCCUGCCCUGGUCCAGCCCCUCAUGAGGAGUGUCAUGGAGGCCCCUUUCCCAGCCCUGGGCAAAACCAUUAUUGUUAAGAACUUCUUGCCGGGUUCAGGGACUGAGGUGAUCGAGCUGUGCCGCCCACUGGACUCCCGGCUUGAACACGUGGAUUUUGAGUCUCUCUUCUCCUGCCUCAGUGUCCGCCACCUGGUCUGUGUUUUUGCCUCCCUGCUUCUGGAAAGGAGGGUCAUAUUCCUUGCAGACAAGCUCAGCACCUUAUCCAAGUGCUGUCAUGCCAUGGUGGCGCUCAUUUACCCCUUCAGCUGGCAGCACACCUACAUCCCCGUGCUGCCACCUGCCAUGAUCGACAUCGCGUGCUCACCCACCCCCUUCCUCAUUGGGCUGCUGUCCAGCUCCCUGCCGCUGCUCAGGGAGCUGCCACUGGAAGAGGUCCUGGUGGUCGACCUCAUCAACAGUCGGUUCCUCAGACAGAUGGAGGACGAGGAUUCCAUCCUACCCCGGAAGCUUCAGGUGGCCCUGGAACACCUUCUGGAGCAGCGGAAUGAGCUGGCCUGUGACCAGGAUGGAGGGCCCCUGGACAGCACAGCUGGCCCUGAUGCCAGCCCCCUGAACCAGGUGGUGUCCGAAGCCUUUGUGCGCUUCUUCGUGGAGAUCGUGGGCCACUACUCCUUGUUCCUGACGCCCGGGGAGCGCGAGGAGAGGACCCUGCAGCGAGAGGCCUUCCGUAAAGCUGUCUCCUCCAAGAGCCUCCGCCGCUUCCUGGAGGUCUUCAUGGAGACCCAGAUGUUUCGGGGCUUCAUCCAGGAGCGGGAGCUGCGCCGGCAGGAUGCCAAGGGUCUGUUUGAGGUCCGAGCCCAAGAGUAUCUGGAGACACUCCCCAGCGGAGAGCACAGCGGUGUCAAUAAGUUCCUGAAAGGACUGGGCAAUAAAAUGAAGUUUCUCCACAAGAAAUAAUCAACUCAACCUCAAGGGAAACUUCCUCCCAGUAUGACCACCAGUUUUAAACACAGUUCCCCGUGGCCUUUCUGAAAGGUGGCCCCAGGUUGUCCCAGCACAGAAUCCAGGGCAAGUGCAGCCACCAGCUGUCCGAGGCACUUCUCCUUCAGAACUGCCCUGCAAGGGAGCCACCCACAUGCAAAUUUGGUGGUUGGUUUUUGGAUUUGGGCUUUUUAAUCUCAAUAUUAAAAAAAAAAAGAAAGAAAGAAAGAAAGA